AUCCAAUAUAAUUCACUUAUCAACACGGCAACGAAAGGACAAAGCGAUACCCAGCAGACACUUUUAUGAGACCCUUUCACCUGACGCGCCAGACAAUCGGAACUGGGGUCGCCCCUGCACGUCAUAUCGCCGCUACGUGAGGUGUCACUAUCAGGCGGCCGUAAGCUGUCCGGCGCGACGGUGGCGGCAGUUUUUUGCAGAACAGUGCCACAUGGCAGAGAGCAUAGUCACGAGCACGGCGACAUCCGGGGACAGCUCGGACCGAGGUCAGUGUCGCAGGGCACCGGCUCGCACGGCGGGCGGGCCACUAUCGGUCUGGGAGGGCACCAGCUGCGUCCCGGGGUCCGCCACGACCGCGCUGGCUCAGUCGCCGCCGCCGUCUCAGCCCCGAUGGCGCCUCUGCUGCUGCUCCCACUGCUGCUGACCGCGCUGAGCCCGGCGCCGGCCCGAGCCCAGGCGCCGCUCAACCUCACCGUGUACUACGAGGCGCUCUGUCCGGACUCUAAGCACUUCGUGGUCGACCAGCUGGAGCCGCUGUGGCGGAGGAUCGGCAGCAGCGAUGUGCUCUCGCUGCAGUUUGUGCCAUGGGGCAAGGCGUGGGAGCACGAGGACCCGACCGGAGGCGGAGCCUACGUCACCUGUCAGCACGGCCCGGCCGAGUGCUGGGGGAACCGGCUGCACGGCUGCGUGCUGAGCCAGCUGGCCGACGCCGGUCAGCAGCUGGCAGCCGUCAGCUGCCUGAUGCGCAACUAUCGCUGGCUGCAUGCGGCGGCGCCCAUCUGUGUGCGCGCCGCCGGCCUCGACUGGCGGCGGGUGGCGCGCUGCUCCUUCUCCGAGAGCGCACUCGCUGACGCGCUGGCGUUCGGCCGGCGCACGCGGCAGCUGCAGCCGCCGCUCACGUUUGUGCCGACCGUCACCGCCGACGGCCAGCAGGACGGCCAGCAGCUGAUGCUCUACAACCUCGAGUUCUUUGUGUGCGAGACCUGGCGGAUGCGCACCGGUGAGCCGGCGCCCGGCUGUCCGACCGACUCCGCCUGAAUGCUGUCACCGCUCGGUGUACGGACCAGAGCAGCACACCGCCGUCACAGCAGCAGCACGUGACUCUGAUUGCUCAACUUCAUUGGUUGUGACCAAUUGGAUAUUUAUCAGCAUUUCGUGCAUGCAUGUCUACUGCCAAUCUUCAAUGAGACUUCGAAUCGGAAGGACAAAAAUAUACAGCUUGCCUAACA